AUAAUAAAGACAGUCGUGAUCUAACAAUAACCUAGUUAGUUUCAUAAUUUACCAUUAUGAGCACAAUCAUUAUUUCUUUAACUCUCUCCUCACAAUCAUCAAUGCAUGCAGCAGGCCCUGGCCCUUUGAUACAUUCUCUUGCGCUGAUACACUUCAGCGUUUAAACAGGCGGAGCUGUAGACACCUUUUCACCUUUUAGAUAAUGGGGUCCUGUGAACUUGCUGGCGCGUGAGAUAGUGACUGACAAAUACCACGUCCAAUCGGAAUAAUAUGAUUUUAGAUGAGAACCAAUGAGAGUCAUUUUGUGCGCUGCUAGUUUGGUUGUAGGCUACUGUAGCUGAUGAAAAGCAUGCACUGAGGGAUCGUCUCUAAAAGGGGCUUGUAAGAACCUUGACAUGGGGGAAAGGAUAAUUUAAGCAACUGUCAUAUCUGCUUGUAAGAAAAUUACUUUUCGGAUCCAAAAAAUAUAGUGUUCUGAUCAGUUCUGUACUGGUUAACGUUAGCGAGCGAAGUAUCUGUCGUACUUACGAAUUAGCAACGUUAGCACUAGCCAGUGAAAUGUCAAUGUUACGUGUUUCAAAUUGUUUCACUGAUAUGUACUAAUAACGUAAUAUAUUUUAGAAUGCUGUCUUGUCAGCGGUUUAACAGCACGGUGAAAUGCUAGGUAUGUAGUUAAUAUAACAUAAUGAUCCUUUGCAGUUAUUGACUCGAGCUAGUUAGUUAAGAUAACGUAAAGUUAGCUGUUGAUCUGACCUAACCUUGCGUCACUGUUUUAAUCUUCAAAGCUACAAAGUGACAUUGGGAAUUUGAUACCCAUUGUCACUGAAAAUUUAAAGCAGAUUUAAAUCAUAUGUACUGCCACUGAUUGUUAAGCCAGCUGGUUAAUCUUACCGGAAAGUUAUUAACCUCGUGACUGAGAUGCAUGUGGUGUUUCUUCAUUAAUAGCCAACUAUUUUAUACCAGUGAUAGUGAGAAAGAUAAUCACACGUAGAGGGGUUGGUGGUCAGACAGUUUGACGGUAAGUUGGUCAAAAUCAGGUAGUCAUAAGCAGAUUUGUGAUACGUUACGCAAUUGGUGGCACCUUGCACAUAUUAGUGGUCAAACAUGUUUCCGUCCAUGCAACGUCGCCCAAUCUGCGAAAUUGGUGCCCGCGCGGUCCGGCUACAGAAUUUGACCAGAUGUAUACAUGAGGGUCCAGUCAAUAGCAAGAACAAUGCCAAACCCGGAACUGCAGCAUGGCUUGGUCAACGUGUGGGCCUGGUGCUCGCAUGGCUCCAAAGAGCUGCAGAGGGUACAGCUGAGGCGAGCUCUAGGAAGAAAAAGGAAGGCAUGAUGUCAAUUUUUGCCAAUCACUGUAGUUUUGUCACGGGCCAGAGGCUUCGGCGCGCCUUUCAGAUUGGAGACUUGUACUCCAACCUGUACUCUGAGCGCACCAGGUGGACGCUUGUGGGCAGCAUAUGGCGCCGCUUGCAGAGCAAAAGUGCUCCAACUAGGAAAUUGCUCGCUGCUCUGGCGGGCGUCUUCAUGUGGGAAGAGGAGAAGAUUCGAGAUGAUGAGCUUCGGAGGUGUGCUUGGGAGCUCCAGGCGCUGGAAGCUGCCAAGAGCCAGCCUUCCACUCCAGACAAAUUUGCUGGGCAGAUGGAGGCUGGCUGGGAGGUUGUCAUUGAGAAGAAGACCUUCAGAGUGUGGAGGAGACCCAUUGAGGGCAGCCACCUGUUUGAGUACAGAGUAUUUGGCACCUACAAUGAUAUCACCCCUAGGCAGUUCUUCAAUGUCCAGUUGGACACAGAGUACAGGAAGAACUGGGAUGCAUUGGUUAUCAAACUGGAGGUGGUGGACAGGGAUGCCAACACAGGCUCCGAGGUGGUGCAUUGGGCAACACACUUUCCGUACCCUAUGUAUUCGAGGGACUAUGUGUACGUUCGCCGCUACGACGUGGAUGUGGAGAAUAACCUGAUGGUCCUAGUCUCAAGAGCUGUGGAGCAUCCCAGCCUCCCCGAGACCCAAGACUUUGUCCGCGUGCAUGCCUACCGAUCCCGCAUGGUGAUCCGGCCCCAUCGCUCCUUCGAUGAGAAUGGCUUUGAUUAUCUGCUCACCUACAGUGACGACCCCCAGACAGUGUUUCCCCGAUACUGUGUGAGCUGGAUGGUCUCCAGCGGCAUGCCCGACUUCUUGGAGAAGCUCCACACUGCUGCCCUGCAGGCCAAGAAUCUUGAAGUGGGCAUACACGAUUACGCUGGCGUCAUCAAGCCGCCCGCACCCAACCAAGAGCGAGUGGGCGGAGACAACACACACAACCUCGGAGGCCAAGGUCAGAUCUAUGCCUGAAGUGGCCACAGAAGGGGACAGACUUUUGGGGGAAACCUUAGCACCAUCCCCUUCACCGCCUUUGACAUCAAACACUUAAAAGGUUACUGAAAGGAGUCAACAAGCAUUCUUCUCAGCCCCCCAUGGAAAAAAAUCUUCUUCCCAUAAAAGACAAGAUUAUAUCUGCAUGUGUUUUUGUGGUUGUUUGCUUUUUCUUUUUUUUUUUUUUUUUUUUUUUUUUUUGUCGCUAUUUGAGGCCUGGUGAAGCCAACUGAAGGGAAGAUUUAUUACUUCCAUGUUUGCCCAGAGAUUUGCCACUGGAUCUAUCACUCAGUGGCAGGAAUAUGAUCCUCUGGAAGGGAGGGAUUGAUCUCCUUAAAUCUCUGGCUUUCUCCACAAGCGAGAGCCAGAUGUUCUUCCCUUGACUGUCAGUCUUGCCAUGGCCAAAGCUGAGACUCCCUGUCCCCCCCCAUCCCCCGCCGCCGACUUCUCUGUGUGUGCAUGCGUGUGUGUGCACCCGUCUGUCCGUCCAGAAACUUUGUCUUUAAAUGAAAUCUCCUUUGAGCACGAAACGGUUAUCCUGCAAUGCCCUCAGUGUCGGAUCACUCCAUCUCAAAAAACCUCAGUCAAGAUUUUCAACGCUUUUCCUCUUCGAGAGAUUCCGGGGGGGAAAAACAAAAAAAAUAUACAUACAUACCAACACUGGGCACUGCUCUUGCCUCAAACAGAAUGCAAGGGCUAUGUCUGGCUGCCUCUUGCAAACCUUCAUCUCACACUUAUCUUUGCCUGAGACUGUGAAUGUCUGUGUUAUUUCUUUGUUUGUUUGUUUUUUAUUUUUUUGCUUAAAAAGCUUUGGAAAAAAAAUAUAUAAAUAAGAAAACACGACUGCCACUUCGAGCCAAACAGCCUUCAGAAAGAUAACCAAUCCUCCACAUGCUAACAAGGGAGGGUGUGUCUUAUGGCAACCACUAGCAGUAUCAUCAAUUGGAGAAGUCACUGGUGGUUUCAGGGGCUUUUUGCGCAAAGCCUGCAGCCCAGCGUUGUGCUCUCUCGUCUUUGAAACCGGGAAUCUGUUUGCGUGUGUCCUUUCAGUGCAGGCAGCAAAUUCUACCAUCCAGUCCUUUUGACGUCCACACAGGUUCUUCCAGACCUCUUUUAUGGAACACUGCACUGGUCUCCUACUAAGAACAGGACUUGUGCCAAGAUAGCACUGCCUCUUGUGUUUUCUUGCCUAUUUACUACAAACACCACAUAUGCUAAGCUGCUGCAUUUCCACCAAAGCAUGACUUUCACAAAGGGAUGGCGACAGGUGCACAGCUCUUACUCCUGUAUAUCUGGACUUGCCUGGAAAAUGGGAGUGGUAAUUGGGUAUGUUUUCAGUCUAAUGGUGUGUAAUUGAUGAAAAACCGAUGUGCUCUAAAAUUUGUUGGGAGAUUAACAGUCUGGUUAUCUUGAUUAGCAUUCUGAUGAUCCUUCCUGAAAAGGUACCAUAAAUAUUGUGUGUGUGCGCGUGUGUUGUGUUGUGUUUUUUUGGAGGUGGUUGUUAAGAUGGUGAAUUUCAAUUAAUGUGUUCAUAGUAUUGAUACUUCUGGUCUGUCGGAAUUAAAUGUUCAGAGUUCAGACAAAAACAUGACUUGCUAGCCCUCACCUGUUUGGACUUAUAAUGCAAAAUGUCUCUAAAUGGUUGCCAGGUUGAAGUUGUUACAAACAAAUGUUAAAGCUAAUUGACCCCCACACUGGUGACUUCACACAGAAGGAUUGAACUCACGGGCAUGGAUUAUAAAAUAGAAUAUAAUCCUUUAUUUUUGAUCUGGAAAGCUGUGGUAGAAUUGAGUUAAACUGUCUCUCUCAUAUACAGUAGCGCAAGUCAUCAAGGCUUUGAGUAGAGCGGAGGUCUACAGACAUGAACAGUCUACCUUGUUUUCUGGUGUCUUUCUCUUAGUGCACUUCACCUAUGUUGAUAGAAGGUUUUAGAAUUUCACAUUAUUUUCAUGUGCCGUCUGCUUUGUGUUGGAAGAUCUUUCCCCAUGUUGUUCUUGCAACUUUUGACUUGUGUGCCACUCCGUUUUUCAUGUUAUACCAAAAUAGCAAAAAUAGGUGAUAUUGUGUCCAUAUUUGUGUUAAGCAAAUGCACUAUGGUAAUACUGUUUGCCUGUAGGGAAAAAGCUUUUUUGUACUCCAUAGAGUAAGUUAAAGCCUGUACAACCUCACUGAAUUCAAUAAUUAAUUCAUUGUUUUGUGUGUGUGUUGCUGAUACAUCAGGUCUGAAUAACCAGCAAUGCGUACUGUACGUGUGCAAAUGUCUGGUGUUAAGACUUCUCUUUUUUUCACAGUAUUUACUCAUUGAAAAUGUAGUUCAGAAAAAUGAAGCAUUUUGCCAAAAGUUUUUUUUUUUUGGUCAUAUACUCAGAUAUUUGUUGUCUUUGACUUAGGAUCUAUUGUUUUGGUUUUGUUUUGAUGAUUUUUGAGUUAAUGAUUUGGAGAAUAUUGUUCAUGGCAUUUUUUUUUCCUUUCCCAUGUUAAAUAAAUCCAUCAACACACGGAGACAAAAACAGUACACUGUCUUUAGUUUCUGAAAGAUAAACCUCGUAGGUUACUAGUGUUGCUUUGUUGACGGAGAAAGUUUGUUACUCCUAACCCAAGUUAAGAUCUGCUUAAAGUAAAUGACCGGCAUUUGAAAAUGGCAACAAACAAUUUUUUUAUUUUUUUCUGUCUCGUCCAUUUUCAAAUGGUGUUCAUCUUGGGGUGUGAUGGUGUGGUGUUGACUGAAUUACGUCAGUAUUAUAUAACAUCACUUUCACCAGUAAGGGUUUAGAGCCUAUGUAGUCUUUGCUGUUGAUAACUGCAUUUCUCACUUGUGUUUCAAUCUGAUGUGAGUUGUCCUAAUGCUGAACACUUGGCCUCAAGAAGUCUAAUGCUGCCUGCCUGAGUGGAGUUGGUCUCAAUACUGAUAUAAGAAGAUGAAAUGAAAAUGUAAAGAUGAAUAUAUGUUGAAAAGAUGUUGAGUGCGUGCCACAUGUCAGAUCACACUGAGGAGAGUUUGAUCUAGUUCUUCAUUUGUUGAUCAAACACUUCUGGCGUGGCUUGAGUGCUUGGUUAAAAAAUCAUACCUGAUACCUGAAGAAUGUAAUGGCUUCAAGACUUCAAGAUGUUCUUUUUAUGAAAAAUGUAUUUACUCACCUACUACUAAUUCACAAGGUAGCUUGUUCAAUUAGCAACACUGUAUGCAGGUACACGAAUGUUCUCAGUGUGUGCAAAGUCCCUCUGUGAAAAUAUGUGUGAUUUGAUUAUGAAAUCUGUCUAACUGGUUAUCUGAGAUUGUCAGGGAGUGGAUGGUACAGCCAGUAACAGAUUGUUGCUAUAUGCGUUUUAGCGUCAAUGUUGAAAGGAGAGUUCUAAUAAAAUACAAUAAAUCUUUUAAGUAAAA